UUGCCGAUUCUUUUACAUUCCGCAGUUCGCGUCAAACUGUGGUGUGGUACGAUCGCGUCCUAUUCUGUUUUAAGGUCUUUAUUUAUAUUCCUAGUAUGAAAACGGUUGAUUUGUGUUAUAAUUUUACCUUUUUGUCUAUAAAAUAGAUCAGGUCGUUUAUAUAAGAAGAAAGUUAUAAUCUUGAAACGAUUUGGCAACGUAGACAACAAGACAAACCCGUUUCAUGUUGUAAACGGAUGUUGGUGCCUCCCAACAGGUCGGGUAACGCAUCGACAUACGGUUCAGUGUAUUCACGCUGAUUGACACGUUGCACAGAGAAAAGGACGAAAAGGCACACGUAAGUCAGAUCGUCUAAUGUCAAGACGUUCUAGGCGACCGCGGGGUGGGGGGAUAUUUCUGUGAAUCGUGACGAAAAUGGUCGGUGGCUAGCUAGGCCGCACGCGUACCUAUCUACGUUACAAUACAGUACACACAGCACCCAACGAACGGAGAUCCUACCGCGUCCUGAUAUAUUUCAUUUUUGUGUUUUAUUUUUCGCGCGAGUGCGUGUCAUCUGUGAUAAAAAAGGGUUGUGUGUAAAAAAUGGCUCAUGGGCUUAAUCCCGCGCUUAAAAGGCCCCAGAUUACGGCCAGUAGUAAUAAAGGGACCGAGAGUGGUGGCAAAACGGGCAUUGGAUCGAGACGUAUAUUUGCACCACAUUUUAAACUGCAGGUGCUCGAUUCGUAUCGAAACGACGCUGAUUGUAAGGGCAAUCAAAGGGCGACGGCGCGUAAAUACGGCAUCCACCGUCGCCAAAUACAAAAGUGGUUGCAAUGUGAAAAUGUAUUACGUAAUAGCGUCGUCGGCAAAAUCAAAAGUAACAAGCCCUCCUGUGACCAGCAACAACAGCAACAGAUGCCGCCCGAGGCGAGGAAAUGCGGGAUCGAGUUGGCCUUGAGAGGCAGCAACGCUGGCAGACAGCGCGACGACAGUUGCGGCGGUCGAGCAACGAAGGAUGACGGGUGCGGGGCAAGCGGGCAUGAUCAGGGGGCGCUUGGACAGCAACGGCAUUGCUGCUGCUCCACGGACGCUCGGGUGCCCGCGCUUAGCCCAAACUACGCACCACACAGUCCCACCAUCGGCAAUCACUAUUUGCACGAAGCACCGGCAGCGAUUGCCCUGGCGACUUCGCCAGCCGUGGUGGCACCGCUACAGCAGGCAGUUGUUCCAGCGGCGCCAUGGCCGCUCGCGACGACAACGUCAGCCGUUGUGUCGCCGCUCGAUUACACUGUGCAUUCCCGGGCGAGUCCGACGACGACGGCAACGGUCGUUGUUGCAGACCCGGCGGCGCCCAUGGACCUCUCGCUCAAGAACCAGCAGCAGGCACCUGCGUAUUACGCCCCGCCCCUCGCCCUUCCGGAGAGCCGCAUUCUCUAUCCAUCGACCCCCGUUUCCCCGCUAUGCGCAAGCGCCACUUCACCGAUAAUGUCCGCGGCCACGGUCAAUUCCACUACACUCUGCGCGCAACAUCAAUCUUCCAUCGAAGUAUGGGACCUUUCCACGAAAACCUUGAAACGUAAAAUUAAAGAAGAGGAACCAUCUUCGCCCGACAGUCCCAAACCCAAGCCUGUUAAGUUAUUUAAACCUUACCUCGAUGACUUACAUGACGAGGACGAUGUUGACUCGAAGGAUGUCAAAAAACCACGUGAUUCGGUUAUUAUUAGGAACAAAUCGUUCAUACCUUGUUGUAACGCUAUCGCCUAUCCCCAUGAACGCGAAUCCGCUUACUACAACAAUAACAACAAUAAUAAUAACCACAUCGUAAGUUCAGAGUAUUCGUACUGUUUUCCCGAAUAUCCUGUCCAUAGGAAAGCGUACCAUGUCUACUCUCUCGAAGAGACCUAUAUGUAUCCCCCUCAUCUUUGCUCAUAUGAGGAAGGAGGCUUGUUGCACCCAAUGCCUUUGAGACAAAGGCAAAGUUACAGUGUUGAUUUUAAAUUAAGCACAAUUGAGUGCUAUUACCAAGACACUAAGGGAAGCACCAGGAAACCUUUGCAUAAGUGGGUCAAACCUGAGGAUGAAUUCCUGGUACAGAAAAACGAAACUUUCAAAACCAUUCAUGCUGUAAGGUAGAAGGAAAGAACAUCAUGUUAUAUAGCCGCUUUAUUAGUAUGUGUUCCUCCAAAAAAAUACAAAAAUUUAAACUGUUGCAAAUUAUCCAAUUUCUUACUCCUAAUUUUUACGGAUGUUUUAAUGAAGUUAAAAAUCUAACUUUCCCAUUUUUAAUUGAUCCAAAGAUAUUUAUAACAAUUUGUAUUUGUAGCGCAUUUUAGUGAUGAUCAUAAAUUUACAUAUGUAAAUGUUUUUUGUUUUUUUUUAUGGAGGAACGCGCAUAUUUUUUCUGUUUCCGGUUUUAAUAGUUAUUAUUUAAUAUUAAACUUCAAUAGCCAAGAGAGUCUUUUAUAGUAGCAAUAUUAGCUUUUAGUUAUUGUAAAAACAUGCGGACUUUAAUUUUAUAGAAUUAGAAGUUUUACCGAUAGUUGUACAAACAUAAAGAUAUAUACUGGCCUUAUUCGUAAUUAGUAAGAUAAUUUCGAUAUGUAUACAUAUUACACAUUUAUAUUUAUGCUGUUGGGUGCUAAAUAUGUUCACAAAGUUGCUCAUUUUAUACAUGUAACAGAUGAUAAAUAUUAUAGUCUUACUAUACAUAUAUCUUUAGUGCCUUGUAAUUAAUUAAUUCAUAUAUAUAUAUACAUAUACAUAAAAUGUGCCAAAAAAGGAAGGCAGCUAUUUUUUAAGCGGCGUUUUAAAGAAGCGGAAAAUUGACCCAUUUCGUUGACUGAAAAAGUAUUUGGUCCAUUUUGUUAUGCAACAAAUCGAAAUUGAGGAAGUUUAUGAUUACUUUUCUGUACUUCAGUGAUAAAUGAAAAAAUGAAAUUGUAUUCAAAUAUUUAGGUUGCGUGGUUUAAUAAAUUGCAAUAAAAUUUUUAACAAAAUGGCAUCUAUCCUAUGUGAUUGAUUAUACAACUAGCUGUCAUUUUAAUUUCAGAUAACGAAAUUUGGGCCCCAUAUUUCAUUAGUGAAAUGUGUCUUCCUAUGCCAUAAAGUCGUUAGUACGUAAUUGUUACGACCCAAAUGCCUUAUAUUGAAAUGUGUACCCUGUUGGCGACUGUUUUUUUAAAGAAAGAUGCAAUAUUUAGUAGAGAAAAGGAUUUGAUUGUUGAAUAACUGUUGUAUGUAUGCGCGCGUGUGUACAAUGUUGAUAUCGGCGAACAUACGUGACCUUUUUCGAAAGGUUGUGACCAUAUUACAAAUAGUUGAUAUCUAACGUGCAGCUGGGCUGAUUAUAUUGAUAAUAUACAAAUUGUAAGUGUUCAUAGAUAAUAUGUACUAUUUUAUAUGACAUGUUUUAUAAAAUACAUUUAUCAGAAAUUAA